AGUGUUGAGGUGUGAGGAGCGUGGGGGAGGUGAGGCGCGGAGCCUGGCGCGCCUUGCUGACGUCCAUCUCCUGACACACACACACACACACGACUGUCAAGUCCCCUCCUGACACUCAUUCCCUUGUUCCCCCAACUGUCUGGCUGCUACUGAUAGUCAACUGUCUAAAUCUGUAGCUGUCACUCGUCUGGCUUGGACGGUAUUGCCAGUUAUCUGUCGAGGUAGGCUGGUCCUGUCUACGAUUGUUUGUCACUUCUGUCCAGGCGUCACAUUACACAGAGUCGUCACCUAGAAGAUCAGCCGUCGUACACGGCUUAUAAAGGAGACAUGGUUCAAGUAGUGUUCGUUCACCCGGAUCUCGGCAUUGGUGGUGCUGAACGUCUUGUAGUAGAUGCUGGUUUGGCACUUAAGAGAAAAGGCCAUGAUGUCCAGUUCUUUACUGCCCAUCAUGAUCCUGGACACUGUUUUCCAGAAACUAGGGAUGGCCAAUUAGAAGUAACAUGUAUUGGCGACUGGCUCCCACGUUCCACUUUUGGAAUGCUAGCAGCAUUCUGGGCGUAUAUUCGUAUGAUUUAUGUAUCUUUGUAUCUAGUUAUGUUUAGUGGAGUGAAGUAUGAUGUUGUGUUUGUAGAUCAGGUAUCGGCAUGCAUACCUUUCCUAAGACUUAAAAGCAAUACAAAAAUAAUUUUUUAUUGUCAUUUUCCAGACCAGCUAUUGACACAGAGAAAAUCUUUCCUUAAAAAAGUUUAUAGAUAUUUUUUGGAUACUUUAGAGGAGAAAACAACAAACCAGGCUGACUGUGUUUUGGUAAACAGUCACUUCACUGCUAGUGUAUAUAGGGAAACAUUUAAAUCUAUCAAAACUUCACCAUCAGUUUUGUAUCCAUCAUUAGAUUUUGACAAUUUUGAUAAAUAUUCAUCAUUGACAUUAAAAGAUGUAGGUUUAGACAUAAGUAGUGACUGUAUAUUCCUCUCGCUGAAUCGAUUUGAACGUAAGAAGAACAUUGACCUGGCCUUGAAGUCCAUGAAAUUGCUUCUAGAUUCGUUAAACAAAGUUGAAGCCUCGCGCAUUCACUUAAUAAUUGCUGGUGGAUAUGAUGACAGAGUGCAGGAAAACAUAGAGUAUUACAGCGAGUUAGCUGCACUCGCCAUUAAUUUAGACAUACUAGAUAAGGUUACUUUCCUAAAGUCUCCUUUAGAUAAGGUGAAAGUUGCUCUUCUCAGAUCAGCAAAAUGUCUUCUUUACACACCAGACAAGGAGCACUUUGGAAUUGUACCAAUAGAAGCCAUGUAUGUUGGCACACCAGUUAUAGCAGUCAAUAGUGGAGGUCCCACAGAGACAAUUGUGAAUGGAGAAACAGGGUUUCUUUGCAAGCAGGACCCAGAAGAUUUUGCCAAGGCAAUGAAGAGGUUUGUUACUGGUGUUGAUGAAAAGGACAAUAUGGGAGAUUUGGCUCAUAGUCGCGUAGUUACCAAUUUUUCCUUUAUUAAAUUCUCUGACCAUCUCCAUUACAUAGUCCAAGGUCUCGUAGAUGAAAGAAAACUGAAGUAGCUCUUGCAGUUUUGUGUUGGUUACUGGAAAUUGAGAAAUACAUUAAUCACUUAAUCUGUGUGAUUCUACUCUUCAUAUUUUGUUAGUCCUAUACCAGGUACAGUACUGUAUUACUUAUAAUUUGAUCCAAAGUAUUCUAUUUAUAUAAUGUUUCAUGAUGUUAGAUUGAUUACACAAGUGUGUGUGCCUUUUCAUUAAAAAGCAAUAGUGAUGUUCAGUCUAUAUUUUUUAUCAUCAAUGAUAAGGAUUUAGAUUGUAUUAUCCUGAGAAUAUACUACAGUAUUGUACUGGAAUCUUCUAAAAUUGCAAAAGCUGAAAAUAUUGCACAUAUAAAAUGUAUUUUUACGUCCAGAUAUUGAUGGCUUGCAACAUUUUAGAUAGUACAGUACUUAUUUUAGGUUAAACAAUCUAGAGAAAGGAAUAUUUGCCAUGCCUAAAAAUUGUCAUGCAAUCAGUGUUUAAAUUAGUUUUAAAAUAUUUACAUAUGUAAUAUUUAACAAUUUAGUCAUUGCAUUUUGAGGAAGCAGUCUGAUGAGUUAAUUGCUUUGAUUACAGUGGCUGUUUACAUUUUGUGAUAGGUGUUUGAACACCAGUGUUGUGACCGGCAGCAUUUACUUUGUAUUCAUCUUUUUAAUUGUAAGAUUUUUGCCUAUUUUGUAUAUGCGUACCAAUAAAAUUUGUUUCCAUAAAACCAUGAAA